AUGCACGACUAUUACGGAGAGCGUCUUUCUUCUCCCUGGUACCGUCACCAAAGCCAACUUCAAUCGAUAGUCAUACCUAGUUACGAAGACGCACUGCAACGGCAGCUGUUCAAGGCCUGUCGAUCCAAGAAAUACGAUUCAGACGAUGACUCCGACGACGAGAACGUUGUCGAAAAGGCAACGAGAGCACACAUGCAGGCAACCUCAGACUGGGAAAAGGCCAAGGAAAAGUCUGAAGACGCGAAGAAAAAGGUCGAAGAGUGUGAAGCAAAGAUGCACGCGGCUACGAGGAAGUUGGAGAAAGCAAAGAGAGAGACGCGUAGGUUUAUGCAUCACUAUUGA